AUGGAGGACAAAAAGACAUGGAGUCCUGAGUCGUCGUCAAACCCUUCGGCCUAUGAGGGCGACAUGGGUGGUGUGCGGCGCAAACUCUCACACCGGCUCGCCGAGUCCUUCAGGCGAGAUCCCAAUGCCAGUGUCACGCGGUCUGCCUCCUUCAGUGCUGCCGAUGGGAAGGGCUAUGACGCUGAAGCGGCCGCUCAGGCAACGGCACUGUCACCCUUGCUGAGGCGGCUGAAGGGACGCCAUCUACAAAUGAUCGCAAUAGGCGGGAGUAUCGGCACAGGUCUUUUCGUGGGCAGUGGGAGAGCGCUGGCUUAUGGCGGGCCGGCCUCAUUAUUGUUAUCGUUUGCUUUGACGGGAUGCAUGUUAUAUUGCACUGUACAGGCACUGGGAGAACUUGCGGUGCUGUUCCCCGUCGCUGGUUCAUUCGCUUCGUACUCGACGAGAUUUCUGGACCCGGCCUGGGGUUUCGCCAUGGGCUGGAACUAUGCCCUCAACUGGUUGACGGUGUUACCCCUGGAGAUUGUGAGCGCCUCAAUUACCGUGGAUUACUGGGUUCAAAAUGUUUCUCUUAACGCCGCCUGGGUCACAAUAUUUCUGGUGCUGAUUGUUCUGAUCAACUUCUUUGGUGUGAAAGGAUACGGGGAAGCAGAAUUUGUCUUUGCCAUCGUCAAGGUUACAGCUGUGAUUGGAUACAUUAUUCUGGGAAUUCUUAUCAAUGUCAUGGGCGGCAUCGACAGCCAUGGAAGACCCGAUGCCAGCUACAUGGGCUUCCGCCUGUGGCACCAUCCAGGAGCAUUCCACAACGGCUUCAAGGGCCUGUGCAGCACUUUUGUAACAGCAGCAUUUGCUUUCGCGGGAACCGAGCUGGUCGGUUUAGCUGCCGCAGAGACCGAAAACCCAAGGAAAGCGUUACCUACUGCUAUCAAACAGGUAUUCUGGCGCGUGACGCUCUUCUAUGUUGUCAGCUUGCUUCUCGUAGGCACGCUCGUACCAUACACGGAUCCUCGUCUGCUCAAUGGGAAAAACAGCGCCGAUGCAAAGGCAUCCCCAUUCGUCAUUUCGAUCCAAAACGCCGGCAUCGAAGUCCUCCCGUCCGUGAUGAACGUCGUCAUCAUGGUCUCGGUCCUCUCGGUCGGCAAUUCCUCCAUCUACGGCUCCUCGCGCACCCUCGCCGCGUUGGCCGAACAAUGUCAAGCCCCCGCCUUUCUGGCGUAUAUCGACCGCAAAGGCCGUCCCCUUUACGCCAUCAUCGUCGCCUCGGUGCUCGGCCUCCUGGCCUACCUGGCCGCGACGCAAAAACAGCAAGACGCAUUCAACUGGAUGCUCGCGCUGUCGGGCCUUUCGUCCAUUUUCACAUGGUCCUCCAUCUGCCUGGCCCACAUCCGCUUCCGGCACGCCUGGACCCUCCAAGGCCACUCCCUCGACGAACUCGCAUUCCGCUCCCCCGUAGGCAUCGUGGGCUCCUGGGUCGGCCUCACGUUCAACAUGCUCGUGUUGAUCGCGCAGUUCUGGACCGGUUUCGCUCCCGUGGGAUACCAGCAAAUGUCCGUUAGUGACAGGGUGGUCAACUUUUUUCAGGCAUACCUGGCCUUCCCCGUCGUCGCGCUCAUGUAUAUCGGAUACAAGAUCUACAUGAAGACGAAGAUCCUGAGGGCAAGGGAUAUGGACUUGUUCACGGGCAAGAGGGAAUUUAAUGUCCGCUCGCUGGUGCAGGAGGAGAGAGCGGAUCGGAAGAGAUGGCCCCGGUGGAAGAAACUGUACAAGUUUCUCUGCUGA